CAUACUCGCACCAAUUUCAUUCAUUUUGCAGAAAACCAGCACAGAGGUGCUGCUGCAAGAAAUACAAAUAUCCCCACUAAGGCACAAACACAAAAAAUAGAACCUGCAAUAAUCGGAAAGCCAUGGGAGGCACAGCAAGAACCCUCCUUUCCACCAGUCUCUCCUCAUACCUCUUCACUCUCUCUCGCCUCUCUCCAGCACCCAAACGUUUCCCACUCCUCAAACUGUCCAAACCCACUAGGGUUUUUCCAGGGUUUAGGCCUCUAUGCACCACCACCAUCACUCCCACUAUUCCCACCAAUGAACCAGAGCAAAUGAAGCACUCAAUUCUCCUUGAGAGGCUGAGGCUGAGACACCUCAAGGGCGCUACCAAACCCCCAGAGACUAGAAAUCCAAAGCCAGUCAGCACUGCUGAGAUUGAAAAUGAGGAUGGGCCCAACAAGAAGAAGAAGGAGAAGAGGGUUGUUGGGAAUUUUGAAGAGUUGGGUCUCAGUGAGGAGGUCAUGGGGGCUGUGAGGGAGAUGGGUAUUGAGGUUCCUACUGAGAUUCAGUGUAUUGGGGUCCCUGCUGUCUUGGAAGGGAAGAGUGUGGUUUUGGGUUCUCACACUGGGUCUGGCAAAACUCUGGCUUACAUGCUGCCCCUUGUUCAGUUGUUAAGACGGGAUGAGGAAUUGCACGGUAUACUAAUGAGGCCCAGGCGUCCUCAAGCUGUUGUACUAUGCCCCACAAGGGAGUUAUCUGAGCAGGUAUUUCGGGUUGCAAAGUCUAUCAGUCAUCAUGCCCGAUUCCGUUGUACGAUGGUAAGUGGUGGUGGCCGGCUAAGACCCCAGGAGGAUACAUUAAAUAACCCAAUCGAUAUGGUAGUUGGGACCCCUGGUAGGGUUCUUCAACAUAUUGAAGAGGGAAACAUAGUGUACGGUGACAUUAAAUAUGUGGUGUUGGAUGAGGCUGACACCAUGUUUGAUCGCGGCUUUGGUCCUGACAUUCGGAAGUUUCUUGUCCCAUUAAAAAAUCGUGCAUCGAAGCCUGAUGGCCAAGGGUUUCAAACUGUUUUAGUUACUGCAACAAUGACACAGGCAGUGCAAAAGCUGAUUGAUGAGGAAUGUCAAGGCAUUGUACAUUUGCGCACAUCAACACUGCAUAAGAAAGUUGCAUCUGCUCGCCAUGAUUUCAUCAAACUUUCAGGUUCUGAAAACAAGCUGGAAGCUUUGUUACAGGUUCUGGAGCCAAGUUUGGCAAAGGGAAAUAGAGUGAUGGUGUUCUGUAACACGCUAAAUUCUAGCCGUGCUGUGGAUCACUUUCUGGAUGAAAAUCAGAUUUCUACAGUCAAUUAUCAUGGAGAGGUGCCUGCGGAGCAAAGGGUUGAAAACCUCAAGAGGUUUAAAAGUGAUGAUGGAGAUUGCCCCACAUUGGUGUGCACCGACUUGGCUGCCAGGGGACUCGACUUGGAUGUAGAUCAUGUUAUCAUGUUUGAUUUUCCCUCGAACUCUAUUGAUUACCUUCAUCGCACGGGAAGAACUGCUCGUAUGGGUGCAAAAGGAAAAGUGACAAGUUUGGUUGCUAAAAAGGACCUCUUGUUGGCCACCCGAAUAGAGGAGGCCAUAAGGAAGAAUGAAAGCUUGGAGUCUCUUACUGUAGAUCAUGUUCGGAGGGACGUUGCCAGGGCCCAAAUAACUGGGAAGAUUGGGAUGAAUGCUAAAUCAGUCAAGCUUUCAAAUCAGAACAGUAAGGUUGCAGUGACUUAUCAAAAAAAGAGCAGUAAGGUUGCAGUGAAUUAUCAAAAAAAGAACAGUAAGGUUGCAGUGAAUUAUCAAAAAAAGAACAGUAAGGUUGCAGUGAAAGCUACAAAGGCAUCUCCAGCAAAAUUCUCCAAGCCAGCAGUUAAGGUCUUGAAUUCAAAAAAUUCAUCCAGUGCUAGUACGUCAAGAAAAGCAUCCUCUUCAGGUGGGAAGAAGCAAACAGCCAGCAAAAAGUCCAGCUCUGUCAAAUCUAUAGCUUCGAAACUUAGUGUUGUUGGGUUCAGGGGGCGCACCUCUUGGUCUGAUAAGAAAAAAUCAUUGAAGUCCAGUUGAAUGUAAUUAAAUUUUGGAUUAAAUUUACAAUUUGAGUUUUUGCACAUUCAUGUAAGCUUUGCAUGUGAAUUAUUUAUUUGGCAGUGAUAUCACUCUUACAGGGUUCUACUAA